AUGGCCCCGGGCCCUGGCGGGAGGGCUGGGCCAGAGCCUGGGGGCUGGGUGCGGACGUCCGCAGGGUCGCCGCUUGGGUUCCAGAGGCCACACGGCCGGGCGAGGUGUGAGGGACAGCCUGAGGACUACAGGAUAGCGAGGCUGCGGCAGGAGGAACGGGAGCAGGAGCAGCGGCAGGCGUUGGAGCAGGCCCGCAAGGCCGAAGAGAUGCAGGCCUCGGUGCAGCGCAAGGAACGGGAAGUGCUGCAGCUGCAGGAAGAGGUGAAAAAUUUCAUCACCCGAGAGAACCUGGAGGCACGGGUGGAAGCAGCAUUGGACUCCCCGAAGAACUACAACUGGGCCAUCACCAGAGAGGGGCUGGUGGUCAGGUCACAACGCAGGGACUCCUAGGGGCCCAGUAAAGACAGUGCCCGCUGACGGACCAUGUUGGUAUUGUGGUGGAAGAGUUGGCCCUGGCCUGGAAUAAAGCAGUUGGUGCUGCUUAUGAGGACGGUUCAGCCUUAUCCAGCACAGCCUUCACGUUUUGCCCUCUGCUGUCAACACUUGGUCAGAAACUUCCAAACACAGUGCCCUGUUCUGCCCCUGUGUACAGCCUCAGCACACCAGGAGACCCUAGAGUGGUUUCCAUCUCACAGAGGAUCAGACAGGACCACAGCCCCCUCAGCCUGCCAGGUCAUCUGAGUAUCAUCAAGAGUAGUGAUGGGCAAAUUACAGUCUGAGGGCCAAACGUGCCUGCUUCCUGUUUUUGUAAAUAAAGUUUUGUUGGAACACAGCCA